CGAAGCGCAUGGACGGGCUCCGUGCCGUGGACGUGAUGACAGUCCUGCACGAGAAGGUGGCGUACCUGUCCGGGGGGCGCGACCAGAGAUCCGGUCCCAUCCUAACCUUUCCUGCCAGUACCCGCAGGGAACGUCUCAAGCAUGACGACUACCGUCCCUUAAUCCAGUACCUCAUGCAGAUACCAAGUGACGAAGUGCGUGAAAUAGGCUUCACAGUGAUAAUCGACAUGCGGGGGUCCACGUGGAACACGGUCAAACCCAUCCUGAAGGAACUCCACGAGAGCUUUGCGCAACAUAUUUAUAUAGUCCAUAUAGUCAAGCCAGACAACUUCUGGCAGAAGCAACGAACCAGUAUAGGAAGUCAUAAGUACAAGACAAAUUUAAUCAGCGUGGAGACCUUAGCCAAGACGAUAGACCCCAGCCAGCUGACGAGCGACUUCGACGGCACGCUGCCCUACGACCACAACACGUGGAUCGAGCUGCGGCUGGCGAUCGAGGACUUCACGUGGCAGGCCAACGAGCUCGUCGACCAGCUGGAGGACGUCCGGGACGAGCUCCAGCAGAGCGACUUCGCGGACGAUGUCAGCGGCGCCAAGAGGGCCAUCGAGCGACACAAAGAGAUGCAUCAGAAAGUUACCGGUAGUUUAGUGCACGACCUGGAUAUGCUGGGUCAGAGACUUUUACAAAGAUUAAACUGUGAUGAGGGCAAUGGCUACGACUCGGGGUAUUCCGGCCGAGACAGCGCGUCCAGCCUGAUACUCAAUAAUCCCGAUUUCCAAAACAGUAUUCCACAGAUUCUAAAUUUGACGGAGUCGGUCCACCAGGCGCAGCAGCACGUUCAGCAGCUGUGGCAGCACAAGAAGAUGAGGCUUGACCAGUGCUUCCAGCUCAGACUCUUUGAACAAGACGUCGAGAAGAUGUUUGAUUGGGUGUACCACAACCGUGAAGAGUUCCUAGUCAACUACGUAGAAAUAGGUCAUUCUUACCAAGUAUCCAAAGAUCUUCAGGAGGCUCAUUCUCAGUUCACCGUCGCCUGUCAGAAAGUGUAUAUGAACAUCAAUAGAAUACUUAGUGUGGCAUCAAGACUCAUGGAAAGUGGUCACUAUGCAGCCCAACACAUCGGCAAUGUAGCAUCUAAACUGGAUCAGGUUUGGAAAGAAUUUGCUGCAGGUCUGGAUGAAAGAUCAUCUGUAUUAGCGCUAUCGGUCAUGUUUCACCAGAAAGCAGAACAGUAUAUUGAGAGUGUGCCAACAUGGGUAGAGAACUGCAAACUGACAGCAUUACCCUCUGACAUCCAUACAUUGGAAUCAUCAAUCCACCAUCACCAGUCACUCUAUGAGACCAUGUGCCAGGCAUACACUGAGGUUCACAGUACCAGCAAGAAACUCCUCUACCAGCUAGACCACCUGGUGCAAAUUUGUAGCCAGCUGAGGCGCGAUGGCCAAAUGCGCAGCAAGCACAAGAAGCCCCGGGGAAAGCCAUCAGCCUAUUCUGUUACUCCUGAUGGCAAGGUGGUCUACCGAGGGGGGCCACAACAGCAACGUGGCCCUGGGACAAGUGGAAAUCCAGCUGCUGAUUACUCUGAAGGUGCUAGUCAUGUCCUGGCGGUCAUUCAUGAAAUCUUGGCACACCACCGAGCUGUGGAGCAGAGGUGGUCAGCCAAGAAGCUCAAGCUACACCAAAGAUUGGCACUCAGGCUGUUUCAGGAAGAUGUCAAGCAGGUGCUGGAUUGGCUGCAGACUCAUGGUGAAGUAUUCUUGCGGAAGAAUCCUGGCAUUGGACGUAAUAUUGCAAAAGCCAGAAUGUAUCAGAAGAGCCAUGAGCACUUUGAAAAUGUUGCCCAGAAUACUUAUACAAAUGCAGAGAAAUUAUUGCAAGCAGCAGAAGAGCUUGCACAUACAGGAGAAUGUAAUCCAGAAGAGAUAUACAGUGUGGCCCAAACACUUGACUCGCACAUUGCCAGCUUUGCAGCAAGAGUCCAGCAGCGACAUCGGCUGCUCAACAUGGCUGUCUUGUUUUAUACUCAUGAGAAGGAGCUUUUAUCAUGGCUGGAGGAGCUUAGUACAGAACUAGAGAGUGAGGAAGGUGUCGACGAGGCUGCAGAUUCGGUGGAGGCUUCGGAGAGAAUGCUAGCUCAAAUGACCACGCAGCAAGACUCUACCCUGGAUGCAUGCGUCUCCACUACUCAUGAGGGAGAGGGGCUCCUUAAUGAACUCAGGUCAGCAAGUGUAACUGCCGACUCAGGAUGUGGCUCUGUAGAGGGGGUAGAGGAAGCCCUUGAGCGACUAGUCAAGAAACGAGAUGAAUUAGAAAGCCUUUGGGCCACUCGGAAGCUCCGCCUCGAUCUCUUGCUUCAACUGAGACUGUUCCAGAGAGAUGCUGUGGAGCUCCUAAGCCAAUUAGACUUGUGGGCCGAGGAACUACAGAAUACAGAGUUUGGGCGAGACAUCACAGAAGCAGAGCAAAUGCUUGCUCUGCACAAUGACUCUACGUCACACAUGCAAAAUGGCACUUACCAGGUCAUGCAGAGUGGUCAGGAACUUUUACAAUUACUUGAGACAUCAGGCAUCCAGAUCCGUGCUGAUGCAGAGUCUGAUGGCACCACCAAGGUCUCCAUGCUCUUAGAGUGCAUCAGAGAGCGGCAGAUGGAUGUGGAAGUGCUAGUAGACAUGAAGAGGGUUAAACUGGAGCAGUGCAUCCACCUGCUGCAGUUUGAAAAUGAAGCCAACCAGGUGAUAAGUUGGAUACGGAAUGGAGAGGCUGUACUGGCAGCAAGUUUCACCAUCCCAAGCUCUUUGGCCGAGUCAAAUGCGCUAUCACAUGACCAUGAGCAGUUCCAGGUUGCUAUAGAGAAAACCCAUGCUGCUGUGGUGCAGACUCGGCAGCGUUCUUCAGCUCUUCUCAUGGCUAAGCACUACAGUCCAGAACAAGUCAUGGAAAUAGAAUCUAAUGUCACAAAGAGAUGGGAAAAGCUUGUUACUUGUGCUGAGGAUAGGUACAAGCUGGUCCAGGCAUCAAUCACGUUUUAUAAGACAGCUGAGCAAGUGUGCUCUGUACUGGAGAGCCUUGAACGAGACUACCGCCGUGAUGAAGACUGGUGUCAGAAGGAAGUGCCUCCGCCAGGCACCAGUGUCAGUCAGGGAGACAAACAGCAGGAUCAGCAGCAGCAAGGAACUGGCCAGGGAGGGCAGGCAGGCUCAGACAGGGCUGCCGGAAUCUCACUUAUCAUAAAUAAGCAUCAGGAGCAGAAAGAAGGCUUCCUCAAAGCUUGCACCUUGGCCAGACGAACAGCAGAGACCUUCCUGAAAUACGCCAACCGAUCUCAGCAUUAUUACAGCAUGAAGGGUGAUGUGGGAUUACGAGGGCCGGAGGCUAAAGUGAGAGGCAUUCUAGAGAAUCUCAUGGCUCAAGAGAACAAGGUGCUUGACCACUGGACCCAGAAGAAAAAGAAACUGGACCAGUGCCAGCAGUAUGUGUUGUUUGAGGGAUCAGCCAAGCAAGCAUUAGACUGGAUAAUGGAGACAGGAGAGAUGUACCUGUCCACUCACACAAGCCUAGGAGAAACCAAAGAAGAAACUGAGAAGAUUUUGAAAGAACAUAAUGAAUUUAAAGGAACAGCAAAGGACACAAGGGAACGUGUAAAAUUACUAUUACUCCUGGCUGACUCCUUGGUUGAGAAGGGCCAUGCACAUGCAGCAGCCAUCAAAGACUGGGUUGCUCGUGUUGAUCAGGCCUACAAGAACUUCUCGGGUCGCAUGGAUAAGUACCGCAUGCAGCUUGAGAGCAGAUUAGGAAUCCAGAGUGAGGAUAGCAAAGCCUCUCUUUCCUUAGAUCGUCACAGUGACCCCUCACUUGAAAACAAAGUUCAUGCAGUUGUUACUGUGGCAAAUAAGGAGAUGAGUGAGGAAAAGCGUAAAUCUGCCAGAAAGAAGGAACUCAUCAUGAGGGAAUUGUUGCAGACAGAAAGAGUGUAUGUCAAAGAUCUGGAAGUAUGUACAAAGACUUACCUCUUUGAGACACGACAACCCUCUGCCCCAGGUGGGCUUCAGGGGAAAGAUAGCAUCAUCUUCUGCAACAUGGAGGAGAUCCUAGAAUUCCACAAGAACACAUUCCUCCAGGAGAUAGAGAAGUACCAGUGCAUGCCAGAGGAUGUUGGUCAUUGCUUUGUGACUUGGGCCCCUCAGUUUGACAUUUAUGUGAAAUACUGCAAGGCACAGCCAGAGUCCAAUCGCAUGCUAGUCAGCCAUGCCGGGACCUUCUAUGAAGAAGUUCAACGUAAGCACAAUGUUGAACACCCCAUUCCUGCGUACCUGAUCAAGCCAGUUCAGCGCAUCACCAAGUAUCAACUUUUAUUGAAAGAAUUACUCUCGUGUUGUGAAGAUGAAAACCAAGGGGAAAUCAAAGAUGGUUUAGAAGUUAUGCAAAAUGUUCCAAAGAAGGCGAAUGAUGCCCUCCACUUAUCCAUGCUUGAUGGCUGUGAUGUUCCAACAGACUCCUUGGGAGAAGUCAUUCUGCAAGAUACCUUCCAGGUGUGGGACCCUCGCCAGCUUAUCAGAAAGGGUCGAGAGCGGCACAUUUUCCUCUUCGACUUGUACCUGUUAUUCUGCAAAGAAGUUCGUGAUCCUAGUGGCAACAAGACCAAAUAUGCAUAUAAACAGCGACUGGUUACAUCUGAGCUGGGUGUAACAGAGCACAUUGAAGGGGAUGAGUGUAAAUUUGCUGUGUGGACAGCUCGUACAGGAGUUAGUGAUGGCAAGAUGAUUCUGCGAGCCAACACCCUGGAAGUGAAACAGACGUGGGUUAGGAAGCUGAGAGAAGUGAUACAGGAGACUUACCUCAGCUCAGCUCUUCCCCUCACUCCUGCAAAGUCACCAGCCAAGACACCAAAGCAAAACCGAGCCAGCAGGGACUUGGAGGAAUCCAUCGACGAGAGUGCGGAGAACACAGACCGCAACUCAUUGGCAUCAUAUUCGUCCUCAAAUACAGACUCCGAUAAGGGCUCAGGCGAGGUCACGUGGGUGCUGGAGGACUGGGCGGGGUCGGGUCCGGGCGAGAUCGCGUCCGUCACCCGCGGCCAACAGGUGGAGCUGCUCGACCCCCCGCCCUCGUUCCCGCACGCCCGCGACCCGACGGAAUGGGCGUACGUCCGGCUGUCCCACGCCCACGACCAGGAGGGACUCGUGCCCGUGGCGCUGCUCAGGCAGCCCCCGCGGCACACCCGCGCCGACCUCGAUCUCUCAGGUGAGGGCGUGAGCUGCAGUGGGCGGCCCGAUGACGUGUCUCCCCAGGGUAACGUAUAUUGGCAAUCUUAUCUACAUUUAAGGCCGGCUUGUCCCGCUUGGAAAUCCUUGGGGGGUUGCGAUCCCAGAAGUCGGACUACAUGUGUGCACAUUCUUAUGUAUAUUUCAACUUGCACACGACUCGUACAUGUCCCCCUCCUCCUUCCUUAGACAUAAGUGCAUACA